CAUCACUGAUUAUUUGUCACUUGUCACUACCACAAACUUACUGUGUUGAGAGAACUGAGAGAAAAAACCUUCAUCAAGCAAACAAAUCAGGCAGCUAUGGCAGCAGUAUGCAGCUACUUCCCACUCGAGCUUCAACCUUCGCAAUUUCUGGGUCGAACCCUUUCUUUUCUCGAAAAAAAACCAUUUCAGCACAUGGCACAGAACUAUAGACGCAGACCAAGAAUUAAUGCUCUUUUUUGGGGAUCCAAGAAGGCAGUCGAGCAAUUUGAUACAUCUCUUUUACUAGGAGAAUUCUCUUUGACAGGGUCAGGCUCAGAGAGUGCUGAAACUGAUUCAUUAUUACCCAAGAAGGUUUCUAUAUCUGCUAUCUCAUCUAUCUCUGAGGUUUCAUCAGAUGAAUGGGAUGCAUGUGCUGUAGAUAUGAAUGGACCUGAAAAGUUAAAUCCAUUUCUUUCUCAUGGUUUUCUUUCAAGCUUAGAGGAGUCUCGUUGUGCUGUGAAGGAAACAGGAUGGGCACCAAAGCACAUUAUUGCUAAGGAUGAAGUUGACAAUGUCAUUGGUGUGGUUCCACUGUACCUUAAAAGUCAUUCCUAUGGUGAAUAUGUUUUUGAUCAUUCAUGGGCCAAUGCUUACUAUAGUUAUGGUUCGAGGUAUUAUCCCAAGUUACAAAGUUGUGUCCCAUUCACUCCAGUUACUGGUCCAAGAAUCUUACUUCGUAAUACGGCCUGCAAAGAUGAGAUUUUUGAUAUUAUGGUCUCUGCAUUAAAAGAUCUAACGACGAAGUUCCAGGUCUCAUCAAUGCAUGUUACAUUUCCGAAUGAAAGUCAGUGGCAGAGGAUGAAAGAGAAGGGCUUCCUUCAGAGAAUAGGCAUGCAAUACCACUGGAAAAAUCGGAAUUACAAGAAUUUUGAUGGAUUUUUGAUGGAUUUGAAGCAAAGCAAAAGAAAAAAUAUUCGCCAGGAGCGAAAAAAGAUUUCUGCACAAAACUUGACUAUGAAGCGUCUUCGAGGAUAUGAGAUUAAGGCAAAACACUGGGACACCUUCUAUCAAUUCUACAAGAAUACUACUGACAACAAGUGGGGUACUCCUUACUUGACGAGGGAUUUUUUUCACAACAUGGCAUCAAAGAUGGGAGAUCAAGUACUUCUAGUUAUCGCUGAAGAACAGAAUGAACUUGUUGCUGGGGCUCUCAAUCUUAUUGGUGGUGAUACCAUAUAUGGACGCCUAUGGGGUUGUCUUCCAGAAUCUUAUUAUCCAAGUUUGCAUUUCGAAGCAUGUUACUACCAGGCAAUAGAAGCUGCUAUUGAAUUCAAUUUGGACAAGGUGGAAGCAGGAGCUCAGGGUGAGCACAAAAUCCAGCGGGGAUACCUACCUGUAACAACUUACAGCUGCCAUUACAUUGUUGACGAUGAGUUUCGGAAAGCUAUAAAAGAUUUUCUUGUGCGGGAAACAGAUCAGAUGAUGCUUGUGAUGAAGGUAUUGCGUGAAUCGGGGCCCUUCAAAGAUGAUAUAAAAUGGGACAUUGAAGAAUAAAUUCGCGCUUCUCCUUUAGAUUCAUUGUGGGGACAGGAUACAGCUGAGUUCAGAGAACUACUAUGCGCAGAUAUGCAGAAAAGAGAAGGUUGUAAAUUACAAAAAAUGAAUACCUUUACGUACCAUGAAACCUAUUCUUUAGGGUAUGUACAUUGCUAAAAGAAUCUACUACCACGGUCCACAACCUGUUCAUGUUCAGGAUGUGUAGGAUGUAUAGAUGUAUUACUCUCUCUGCUUUUUUUAUAAGUUAGAGUUAUAAUUUUCGUCCAUUUUUUUUUUAUAAGCUAAAGUUCCAUUUUUGGAAAUCUCUUAUAAUUUAGUAAUAUAUAUUUACCCACUAAUGUC